AUGGCUGAUGCUCCUCUCACUCGUGCUGCUGCUCGGGCUGCAGCAGCACCAACUACACCACAAUCCGUCACCUCUCCCGCUACUGGUCCAGUGACUACCCAAACCCCUACCAAGACAAAGACCGUGAAAGGGAAGAAGAAUGCCGCCAAGAAGACCAAUUCCCGCGCAAAGUCAAAGGUCACAGCCCGAAAUUCAUUGGCCCAGGCGAAGCAGACAGCAACAAUGAAGACCGCCAAGGCGGCAUCGGCGAGGAAGGCCAGGGCCCAGAGAAAGGCCCAGAAGGCGGUGCUCAAGCAAGUUGCUGAUGAAGAACUCCCGCACAACAUGGGUCCCGACUCAGUCCCUUUGCCUAAAACUACGCCUAAUGGUCUGAACAAAGAAAACCAACUUCGCGGUGAUGCAGCUGUCGACAAGGCUGCUUCUGAACUUCAGGCUUCUGUGACUAAGUUGGAAAAUGAGAUUGAAGUCAACCUGGCUUCUCACCCCCCCAAGAAAGCUGAGAGUAAGAAGAUUCGAUAUCGUCCUACUCCAGGUGUUACACCGUUCCCAUCUUGGGCUCAACCGACUACCGAGGAAUGUGAAGUUGUGAACAAACUUCUCUCUUCUAUCCAUGGAGAGGUCAUUGCUCCCAAAGUCAUUCCUGCGCCAUCUCUCACUGUCACUGGCUGUGGCGAAGUCCCAUCUGUAUUGGAUGCUCUUAUUCGGACUCUUCUCAGCGGGGCUACUACAUCCAGCAACUCCAGCAGAGCAUUCAACGGUCUUGUGCAGCGCUUCGGUAUUCUUAAUGAAGGAAUCGGCAAAGGAAGUGUCGACUGGGAUGCCGUUCGCCGAGCCUCAAUGGCCGAUGUUUUCAAUGCUAUCAAGAGUGGUGGACUGGCUACUGUCAAGAGCAAGCGCUUGAAGGAAGUCCUCGACCUUGUGUAUGAGGAAAGCCAGCAACGCCUCGGUGUCCUCACGGCUGCAAAUGGCUCUACUGCCCCAACCAACGAAGACUCCAAGGCCCUUAUUACAACUGCAGACGGUUCUACUACUCUGACCGGCGACUUACCCAAGGCAUCCGACGAGAUUUUAGAAGCGGGUAAAGAGUCCAAAGUUGCUAAAUCUGCCGCAUCACCCAAUGAAGUAUCCAAGAUGCCCACGGAAUUUGAUCUCGCCUGCGCUGACCAGAACCGCCUAUCUCUCAACCACAUCCACAGCCUAUCCACAGAAGAUGCCAUGAUUGAACUGACCAAAUACCCCGGAAUCGGUCCCAAGACCGCAGCCUGUGUCGUCCUCUUCUGCCUACAGCGCCCCUGCUUCGCAGUCGACACCCACAUCUUUCGGCUCACCAAAUGGCUUGGCUGGAUCCCACCUACAGGAGUCAACGAAGUCACCGCAUUCAACCACCUGGAAGCUCGAAUCCCCGAUCACCUAAAGUACUCAUUACACCAACUUUUCAUUCGUCAUGGAAAGGACUGCCCUCGUUGCCGUGCCAUUACCGGCCAGGGAUCUGCAGGUUGGGACGAUGGAUGUGUGAUUGACCACUUAGUGAAACGGACCGGCCCACGCAAGGGAGGUGCUCUUACCAAGGUUGCGAAGAAAAGCAAGGCAAAGACUGCAGCCAAGAAGCGGAAGAAGCCUCCUGCAAGUUCUGCUCGUCCUGCAAAAAGGACCAAGACAGCAGAUUUGCAGACACCUGCUGAGGAGGACGAGACUGAGGAUGUCGAGCUUUCGGAUAUCUCGGAUACGGUGCUUGAUGAUGUGUCUGACUGA